UAUUGCUGGACAUUAGCUAAUAGCACAACCAUCUCAAACUCCUCCACCAUCAUCAUCAGGAGCAUUCAUCCAGAAAAGCAGGGUCAGUACACCUGCACUGCUUACAAUCACCUGGGCAAACACACUAAGAAGGUGAGAGUGACCGUGGAAGUAAAAGUUAAAGAAUCCUGUGUGAAGCCUGUUUUCACACCGGAGACUCUGAUGGUGCAGUUUGGAGAUCCUGCUGAAGUAAACUGCUCCAUACCAAACAAACCUGAUGGAGAAUUCAUACUGGGAUGGAAAUCUAAAUCAUCACGACCAAGUACAAACACUGAGACGAGUGUGAUGUGGAAGGUGGACAAGCUGGUGGAAUGGGAGGAGGCUGGAGGAGUUCGAUGUUUCUUCAGUGGAAAAGAUUCUCAGUGUGACACUAAUUUAAAUCUCACCAUUUACAAGGAGCCAGACAGUGUUAAUCUAAGCUCUGUAUCUGAUGUGUGGGUUGAAGGAGAUCAGACAGAGCUGAGGUGUGAGGUUAAAAAUGUUGGUCCUGGAUGUAACCUCAGUGUACGCUGGAGCAGAGCAGAUCCCAAACAAAACACUUUCACACAGUUCAAUGAAACGUUCUUCCCAGAGUUGAAACAAGAGAUGAAGAACGUGAGCAGAACCGCAGUCUUACACGUGACCCCCAGCCGUGAAGAUGAUGGAGUGCAGUAUCAGUGUACAGCUGUGCUGCAUCUCCACCAAACACUCGUGUUCCCAUCUGGCGAUCACCAUCAGUAUAAACCAAACAUUAUAGAGCCAUUAGAUUCUACAGUAACAGUAAGUGAAGGUGAAAAUCUGACGCUGACCUGCUCAGCCCAUGGAAACCCCCUCCCUCAUUAUUGCUGGACAUUAGCUAAUAGCACAACCAUCUCAAACUCCUCCACCAUCAUCAUCAGGAGCAUUCAUCCAGAAAAGCAGGGUCAGUACACCUGCACUGCUUACAAUCACCUGGGCAAACACACUAAGAAGGUGAGAGUGACCGUGGAAGUAAAAGUUAAAGCUGGGCAACCACCUCUAAUUUCUGUCUGGGGAGUGGUCACUUUGUUGGCAGUCACCACAAUGUUGUAAUCAUUUUUAAGACCUGGAUGGAGUUCUGAUGCACACAGAGGUAAUGCUACAUCCUGCGGCACCUGAGGUUCUGCAGAAACAACAGCUAAGUGGAGCACAACGCUGCAGAUCAAGGACAAUUGUACAUACUGAUGUUAACCCUGUGUAGUUAGCCCUGACGCCAGUGUAUUUAAUGCUAACUAUAAUCAUAAAUAAUGCAUUUUGAUUCUUUGUAUACCAUUUCUAAGGAAUAAAAAUGUUUUUUGCUUAAAGAUAAACA